AUGAUGGAAAAUCCGUACGUGUGUAGUCUGGAGCUCGACGAACUCGUCUCAGCCGACGACUCGAUAAUCGACUACUCGGUGUUCAGUGACGAUUCGUUUCUUCUCAUCCUUCUUCUCACCUCCAACGGCGACGUUCAGGCGUAUCUUGAGACGUCUCGAGACACGAAACCACGAAAAAAUGUGGUGAAUAUCAAGACGACGUGCUCGAUUAGUGUCACACCGGUUACCGUGUGUAUUGGCAGUCAAGCAGCGUUCGUUAUCUUUGGACUCGCCGACGGCAAUCUUCUCGUCACACCCAUCAGACUCCUAAUUGACGUAACAUGGGGCGGUUCGUCAUGGGCGACAACGACAGUCAUCGAUCUGAGCCUUCCCACAAUCGACGCAUGCCUGGCCACGCCCACUUGCACCAAGUGCUUCAUCUCGAAUUUCCCGCCGUGCACGAUGGCUGUGGUGGCGAAUAAAGCCGGCAACAUCCUUCUCGUCGACCUCCACCUCCGAAAGUGUGUGUCCGAAUUGAAAGCGCCACAAAGUCUACACCAAAUCGACAUUCUCAUCGACGAGAACUCGAUUGAACUCCUUGUCACCGGAUUCACCGGCGCCCAAUGGAUAAUUCCGAUCGAGAGGGGCGGAAAGGGGUUCCGCGAGGUGUUGACGACGUGUGUACCGUCGGAUUUGACAGUGCUCGAACCAGCCACAAUGCAAUUCUUCGCCACAGAUUCGUGUGGAGUCAUCGCCUUGGAUACCCAAGAAUCGAUUGUCGAGGUCUACAACACAUUCCACUCACUUGCUCACUCAUCGAAACGGACGUUCAAAGUGCCGCCGGAGACGUGGAUGGUUCACGCCGGGGAGAAUGUGCUGUUUACGGUGUCGAAUGAGAAUGAGAUUAGGAGUGCAUUGCAUUUUGGGUUCAUGUCAACACGUCUCGAAUACACACUCGUCAGAACGUCGACUAACUGGCGACCGCUCGGAAUCGUUGCAAUGCCAUCUCGACAACACAAAUUGGCUGGAAUAUUUGUGGUGAAUGAGCGAGGGCUCAUUCGUGUCGAACAGUCGCCAGCGUUAAACCUUCAAAAAAUCGCGUCCGAAUUCUUCUUCCGCCUCUCGCCACUCCAACUCACCACCAAGUCAGUGGCACAGGUGGCGCAUGCAUGUCGUGUCGAUACAGCCGAAUUUCAGUCCGCACUGAUUCCGAACCUGUUGAGCACACGAAAGAGCCGACAGUUGACGAACAAGGAGUUGGCGCAGAUCUACGCGAUUGCCAAGGCUAUUAAUCUCUCAAUGUCAGACCUGCUGAAAACGUUUGAGAAUGAAUCGAUUGGUGAACAACUGCUACCGGAGGUGCUGAACACGAUCCAAACGAACCCGGCGAAACAUGACAAUUUGAUGCAACGAGUCGUUGAGAUGUUCGUGAAACGAGCGAUUUCAGCAGAGGGGAAUAUGGAGCAGAUUCGAGAAUACGAUGCAGAGUUGUCAAACUUCCUUGCCCGCCACGAACACCUUCACAAAGGCGCUGUCGAGUGUGCGAAAGCGGGAAUGUGGAAGUGCACCCAAACACUGGUACGACGUGAUGUUCACGAGUCGAAGACGAUCGACACGCCCACCGAAGUGCUCUCCUAUGUGGUGAAGAACGGCAUUCAGAUAUGGAAGACGUUGAGUGCGACGGAUCGAUUGCAGGUAAUGUCCCUCGUGUGCCACCUCGACUGGUCUAAACUCACCGACACCGACGGCGCCCGGAUCUGCGCCCUUCUCUCCGCGUGGCAACGAGACAUCAAACUGCCAUCGUACCAUGAAAUGUGUCUCCGCGUCUCGAUCACCAACUCUGACCGUUUCCCACGACCCUGUCAGAUCCUGUCCCUCGUCUCCUCAAUCCACGUUCUGGCCGAAAAGAAGAUCAUGAAUCCGUCACACUUGCCAGAUUUUCUUCCUCUAUCCGGAGGGAAUAAUUGUGGAGCCGCGAUAACGGAGGACGAUCGACUCAUGAUUUGGGGCAAUUUCACGAAUGCACAGCAGAGAAUGGAGGUGCCACAACAAAAUCUGAAACCGAAACGAUCAGAUUCGGUCACGAACGGAACGCCAGCAGCAGUCCUACCAUCACCAAAACCUGAACAGCAACUACCACGAGUACUCGAAUACCCGGGAAACCGACCGAGAGCAAUCGCGUGUGGAGCCGAACACAUCCUGGUGCUCUCCUCGUCUGGACAACUAUCGGCGUGGGGAGGAAAUAAGCAUGGACAGUGCGGUGUUGGGCACUCGUUUAGGCUUGCUAAUUUGCAGCAAAUCGACGGUGACUGGCCGGCCAUCGAGCGCAUCGCUUGCGGGCAAUUCCACUCGGCGUUCGUCUGCUCGGAUGGCUCCCUCUACACAUUCGGAUGGGGAAUCUGGGGACAACUUGGACACGGUGGACGCUUCAAUUCGAACCACCUUAUUCCCACCAAAGUGAACGGAUUGAUAUCGAAGAUCACACAGGUGGCGUGUGGCCGGGCGCAUACGGUAGCCUUGACGGAUAACGGACGAGUACUUGUUUGUGGAUCUGGAAGCUACGGACAGAUGGGAGUGGAUGAGGAUGUGAAGAAGGUCUUUGCGUUCACACCUCUCCCCUUGGGACCCCUCAAAGUCAAGUUCAUCGCGACACACUAUUAUCACUCGAUUUGUGUCACUGAUGAGAAUCGGAUCUUCGAGUGGGGACGCAACCCGCAGGAGCUGAAAAUGCGAAUGUUUGUGAUGAAGAAGAUCCGAAGUGCUCAACUCAAGAAUACCGAGGAUCCGAGCGGCUCCCCAUCACCGUCGACGAAUGGAACGACGCCACGUGUCAACUUGAAUCUUCCCUCCGAAAUUCCACGAGACGAUUUGGGGCUGAGGGAGAUUAAACACUUUUUGGAUGGAACGAUCGCCCAUGUCGCGUGUGGAUUGUCUCAUUCUGCACUCAUCACAACGGAAGGAUCACUCUAUACGUGGGGAAAAGGACUGGACUAUCAAUUGGGUCAUGGGAAUAAGACGGAACGACAAGAGCCACAUCAGGUGUUUGAGCCGAGUGAUGUCAAGUGGACACACGUCACUCUUGGUAACAACCAUACCAUCGGAUCGACAGACGAGGGAUCGGUCUACGCGUGGGGCAAAAACGACUUUGGACAGUGUGGAGUGAUAACAAAGAAGAAUGGAACGUCGGCGUCGGAGGCGACGAAGAAGUUCUUCUUCCAGGCGAGAGAUGGUCGGAGAUUUAUGCCGAAUGUGGAUGAGAGUCAGUUUGUGCAGAAACCCGGUGCGAUACCGGAUGUUCGAGUGAGAACGUUGAAGAACGAUGAGAUGGCGGAUGGAGUGGAUAAGGAAGAGAUUGUGGAUAGACUCAAGGCAUCGGAUAUGACUGUGGUGCAAGCGGUGUCAAAGCAUUUGUGUAGUUCGGUGGAGGUGAUGAAACUCAAUGGAAGUAGUGUUAUUGAGGAGGAGGAAGACACCCAGAAACCGAAGCAAUAUGGUGGAGAAGAUGGGCCACUUUGCACGACGACUGCACUCGUUCAUCUGAUUGCUGGAGACGUGAAACGAGCGAUUCGGAUGAUUGAAUGGUUGAAAUCGGAUAGUGGAACUAGUGAUAAAUCGCUUCUCGCACUCUCCUCUCUCGUCUGGGAUGUGAUGGCGAAUCAUGAAGACGUGCAGUCACGAGAGGCGCUCUCCGCCGCGUUCCGUCACGUCCCGAUGUCGGAUUCGAUGCGAAAAGGGAAACAGAUUGCACAGUUGUGGCCGGCGGUGUGGAAUGACGAGCGGGUGCAGAGCACGUUGAGUAUUGAUGAGAAGAUUGCAAUGUUGGACUCGUUUACCAGCGCGUCGAAGCCGGUUAUUGCGCCGACGAUCCCCUCCUCGUCGCUAGAAGUCUCGUCGAAAAUCCGUGUCUACGCUCAGUGUGCUCACGCGGAGCCAGCAGUCGUCGGCUCGCCGCCAGAAUGCUCGACGUGUCUAGAUGAAUGGACGGAAAAAGUGCGACACACACUCGGCGCCUCCCUGUAA